UAAACACAUUUGUGAACAACAUUUGAGAGAAAAAAUGCUUUUUGUGCAUAUGGAACAUUUCUGGGAUAUUUUAUUUCAGCCCGUGAAAAAUGGGACCAACACUUUACAUGUUGCGAUUAUAUUUUUGUUCAGUAUAAAUGCAUAUUCCCAUAAAACUGAUUGAGAUCAAUUAAAUGGUUGUCAUGGAGAUGCAGUUUGGACGUUUCACCAGUAUAAAGUGACAAAUAAUCAUACAUGAUUGACAGCGACGGCCUAUUUUGAAAUGAGGUAGCCUAUUCCUAACUUGGUGUUUAAGGGGAUUUAAAAAUAUAAACUUUUGAGACAAUAGGGUGUGUUCGUAAAUGCAAUCUGGAAUGCCAAAGUGUGCUCUGCGUGUUCAUAAAUUCAGAGGGUUUCGCUCUGGAGCGUUCACACUGGACGCUCUGGCCGAGGAGUAGGGUUGAUCCGAGCGUUCUGACCUCACAACGGCAGUAAUGCACCCAAACUAACCGGCUAACGUUGGCUACCUUGCUAGCUACUUCCAGACACACAUGAGAGAACACCUCACUCUGACCAUUUUACUCGCCCUAGCAGAGAUGGUUAGGCUGUUUUCCUUUUAUCCAGAGCGUUAGUGACUAACUCUGUUGCUGGCAACAAUUUAAUAACGUUUUUUUUUGCCUACGUUUACUGACAUCGGCCAUAUUCAAUGGCUGUUGAGCGUUCUUAAAUUCAUCAGUUAUUCUGCGCUCUGGCACACUCAGACGAGAGUGCUCUGAAAUCGGAGUAGAUAGCCAGAGUGAAUUUACAAACGCACCCAUAGUGUGGGCAUGGGCAGACGUUCCAAUUGGAGGAUGCAUAUUCUAUAAACUGUCUGUACAAACGUUGAUUGAGGAAAUUAUUAAGUCAUUGGGAUAUUUUUUGGGGGCGCUCCCUCACCUAAAAAAAUGUGCACAACACCACUACUUGUAACUAACGUUUUUUCAACAGACUAUCUUAUUUGUUGAUUUAAUCCGACGUUAUUCAUAUAAUGAGUAAUCUAGGAAUGUCACGAGUUAAUGGACACGAGAAAACAGCAAAUCCACAGAUCGCAAUGACACUCUAUAAGCAGUACCGUGUUUCAAAGAACAGCACGCAUACCUUUUUCAUUUAACCACACCAUUUGAGCUAUGACGCCUACCAAUAAGAUCCUUUCUCUUUAGUGUAAACGGAAGUGAUCAAAAACUAUUUCCACGUUAGCAUUGUUAUUUGGACGUUUAUCAUCACCAUGGAAUAUCAGUCCUUUAACUGUAUAGCGUCACAUACUUACCCAAUGUAGUUUUUGAUUCGCGUUAAUGCCAGGACUUGGUUAAUAGAUAUUAUUUAGGUAACGCUAACUAGGUAUAGUAGCUGAUCACGUUAGCUAACAAUGGCUAACUGUAACGAUAUGGUUUUUCACACUCAAAUAGCCUCCAUCAUGGAGGUGUUAGCGAAUGCAGCCGUGGCAGAGAUCUGUAAACUCGUAGACGACGACUAUGCAGUGUUUCGUUUGGAAAUAACUCAAAGCCAGAAAGAAAACAGAACAUUGCGGAGGAAACUACAGCUACUGGAACUGAAGGUGGCACGGGAGCGCGCAGAGGGGACAAUGCGAGAGCGCGUCCUCGCCAGUCGUCCCAGUAGUGUCAAGUUCGUCGACCGAGACAGGGGAAUGGCAAGAGGUGAAGGGAGUCUCACUGGAGGCCACAUAAGCUUUGUGAAGCCAGCGGGACACAAUACAUGGAAAGAUGACCAACCAAUCACUGUUGAUGAGGGGAGUGGAACCUCAACCCAGCACAUUAUCGUGAUAGAGUCUGCAGAUGCAGAGACUGCAGGUCCUGGGGUCAAGAUGGAGAGGUCUGAAGGAGAGGAAGACCCACAGCACAGCACAGACAUCCAGACUGGAACACCCUCUGUAGCCAUGGAGGACCCCACCACCGCCUCAGCGCAGCCCAGGACCCGAAGCAGCAUCACUGAGUCAGUAGACAUGGAGGAUGGGAAGCUUGAUCUGCUGCUGGUCAAAGAGGAGACAAUAGAAGACGAACCAGAGAGCAUUGAUCUGCUGAGUGGACUAAAGAUGGGGGCGCAAGGAGACUGGGUGGCCAUCUUGGAUACCCAGACCGGUGCAGCCAAGAGCCCAGGGGAAAACAACAUUGAUCAGGGCAGGACCAGAGGCGAUAUAGUGAAGUCUGCAGCCCAUGAAGACCUGCUGAUAUCCAGUGUUACUGGUGGGAGAGAGUGGACCUCUGAGGUGGCUGGCCAUAAACCCUGGCCCCGGAUCAGGACCAUGGAUCAGGAGCCUUCGCUCUUCCUUCCCGAGUCGGAACCAGGACACAACCGCGAAGUACAAAGACUCCACCACAUAGAAAACAACCAGUGGACAGGUGGACUGAACAACCUCAGUCCUGGUGGUCAUCAGAUAGACAGAGGCUCCAGUCAGGGAUCCAGUCUGAAGCACAGACCCUUCUCUUCACAGUCUCGGUGCAGGGAUGAAGCAGGGCCUGGGGCUGAUAGAGAUAGACCCUCCUGUUCCUAUGAUACAAACACCACAGUAUCCAUGAUGAACAGAGCAGAUCACCCUGGGCUUCAGCCUUCACAGAGUGCAGUGGGAGAUGCCCCUGGUGGUAGUCUAUCAGCAAGUCUGUCUUCUCCUUCAGGUUCUCAUCUAAUGCCUUGUGACUGGGUUCAUAGAAAGCCUGGACCUGGGUCUAGCCUUCCUCAGUUACCUCAGGGUUACCCCACCAAUACAGACAGGGUCAGGAUGGGUGUUCAACACGAGAGGUACCUAGCCUAUAACACAUCACAUAAUCCCAACAACACCCAAACAAUGGCUAGAGGUCAGGGAGGGAGCUCAAAGACUAACCAUCUGAGAGUGGCUCCUGCUUCUACCUCCUCUGGUGUCAUUGGGUCACAACAUGGGAGGCCGAGCGUUAGGACGGAUGCAGAAAAGCCGUAUGCCUGCCCCACAUGUGGGAAGAAUUUUGCUAAAGCAAAAUAUGUGAAGCAGCACCAGACCAUCCACACCAAUGAGAGGCCCUUCAAGUGUAAGCUAUGUUACAAGAGCUUCUCCUUCCUGAGUAUCCUUAUCAGACAUAGGAGUGUCCACAAUGGGGAGAAAUCGUAGCAGUGUGGCUUGAGAUGUACACAGGGGAUAUCUGGGAACCAUUCUUUAGCUGACAUAUUAUAGUUAUGAAGUGUCUUUGGGUAAGAGUUUUUUUUGGAUUACUAAAUCCCUCAGCAUCUGGGCAUGCUGUCUUUCUCACAUGAUACAGACUUGUUGUUUGGUGUGCUGGCAUUGCCAUAACACUGUCAUUUAAGUCUAACACUAUAUUCAUCCUUUGAAUUUGGUUUUGCCUAUGUUCUAUUCAUAACAAAUAUAAUGUCCCUCUUUUAUGUAACACCUUUAUAACACCCCCUACCCCAAAAAAUUAUUUGGCAUAAUCAGGAGGUAUCUGUUCCUUUAUGUACUAAAAAUAGAUUAUCAAAUCGGUUAA